AUGGACGCUGCACCUACACUGCACGGAAGUCGCAAUGCUUGUCGCACUGGCCUAGGCCCUCGAGUCUUCAUGCCGGCUCGCGAGGCGGAGCGAGACGCUGCCCAGUCGGUGUCGGCACCGGACCUGCGACGUCCUCCCACAUGCAGCCUCCCCCAGCCCAAAGAAGCGAAAAUCCCCCAUUUCCGCCUAUUCUCGUCGAGCUUCCUGACCGUGGAAUUCGGUAGCGACGAGAUCUACCUCAGAUCCCGGUCCAGUCUUUCGUCGUCCGAGAUCUGGACGUCGCUGAGGAUUUGGAUGCUGCAUUGGAUCCUGGAGACAUCCGUUGCUUUUCCGAGACUCUAUCCAUCCAGGUUUGGAGCAUCCAUUCAUCGACCUCUUGGAUCUCGUCCGCGCACCAGGGCCGCCUUCAUUUAUGCUGCAUGGCAUAACAUGAUGCCGAACUGCACUGAAUCGCACUGCACUGCACUCACCGACGUCGAAAUGGGCCAUCGAGAGAAGCGUUUCCGCAUGAACGAGUUCAGGACGAACAAUGGCUUUGCGGCAUGGCAGGGCGAGAUUGGCGUUGCUACUGUAUCGGGCAGUUCAAGGACCGACCUACGUCCGUUCUGCAGACCAGAUGUCACUUCCCGACACAACCCAGACCUCAACCCGGCGGGCGCUUCGCCAUCAUCACCGCGAUCCGACCGACCGGACAACGACUUGACCGGUCCUGCCGCAACGCAUGACCGACGACAAGCGGAGCCAAUGUUGCCGCAGAACCAGAUGCUCGGACCGCGGCAGCUUUCGGAGAACAUGGCGGACCUGCAAAUCGAGCUGUCGACGCCAGCAUUGUAA